AUGGAGCUCCGAGCGGGAGCCAGGCUGCUGCGGAUUCUGCUGCUGUGGGCGACGUGCUGCAGACGCGCGCAGGGAGACUGUCCGAGAGGCUACACGUCGGUCAUCGACGUGUCCAACGGGGGGUCCUGGGGCGACUGGACCUGGCCUGAAAUGUGUCCUGAGGGAUUCUUUGCCGGCGGGUUCUCGCUGAAGGUGGAGCCCUCCCGAGGCAUUCCUGGCGACGACACGGCUCUGAACGGGAUCCGGCUGCACUGCACACGCGGGCAAGCAGGACUCAACACGCAUGUGGUGGAGUCCCAGGCUGGAAGGUGGGGUGCGUGGAGUGAGCCGCUGUGGUGUCCCGACAGCAGCUUCCUAGUGGCUUUCUCGCUUCGCGUGGAGGCGCCUGUGACUGUCAGUGACAACACGGCAGCCAACAAUGUGCGCUUCCGCUGCUCGGACAGCGCAGAACUGGAAGGGCCUGGGCUGAGCUGGGGAGACUUUGGAGAUUGGAGCGAUCGAUGCCCCAAAGGCAUGUGCGGCCUGCAGACCAAGAUCCAGGAACCUAAAGGCCUCCGCGAUGACACCGCGCUGAACGACGUGCGCUUUUUCUGCUGCUGCAGUUGACACCGCCGCAUCCCGGAGGCUAGCCCCACCUCCCCGUCCCGGAGGUUAGUCCCACCUCCUGCUAUUAAAGCUUCUCUGUCUUGGC